AUGGAGGCAAAGUCACUGCUUCAAGGUUCUUCUCUUGCACCUUCUUAUCCCCUCUCUAAGCAUUCGAAAACCACCAUGAUGACGGCCAACUGCGUUAGAUUCAAGUUCAACCACAAUCCAUGCCUCAUAUUCGCGAAUGGGUACCCUACUUCUUCUUCUUUGCUUCCACUUUCUAUUCACAAUAAGCCCAGAAAAUCAGCAUCAGUGAUUGUAAGUGCCCGCAAGAAAGACAAGAAAGAUGAUACCCAUAGCUCCGUACCCAAACCUGACGAGGCCACGGGUUUCUUCCCCGAAGCUGUGCUCCUUAAAAAGAGAACAGUUGAGGAAGAAGGGAAGCUUCUCCCGGAGUUUGAAGACGAAGAGGAAAGAGAACUCUUUGAAUCGCUGAUGCUUGAGCUGGAAAGUGAUAUGAAUACUGAAAUAUUGCGCCACUAUGAGGUUAUGUACUUAAUUCACGAGAAGCAUGAAGAUGAGGUUGCAGCUGUCAACGAGAAAAUUCAAGACUUUAUGAGGGAGAAGAAAGGCCAGGUUUGGAGGCUGAAUGAUUGGGGUAUGAGAAGGCUAGCUUACAAAAUAAAGAAAGCUAAAAAAGCCCACUACAUGUUGAUGAACUUCGAGUUGGAUGCAAAAUAUAUCAAUGAUUUCAAGACUUUGUUGGACCAAGAUGAAAGAGUUAUUCGGCAUCUUGUGAUAAAGAGAGACGAGGCAAUCACUGAAGAUUGCCCUCCUCCUCCGGAGUUUCAUACUUUACGUGCAAAUGCAGAUGAUAUCGACGACGACGAUGAAGAAUUUGAUGAUGACUGGGAUGGUGAAGAUGAGGAUGAUGAUGAUGGUAUUAUUUUUGUAGAUGAUGAUGAUGAUGAUGUCAUGGAUUCAAGAAAUGAGACAUCAGCAAAUGUUAGAGAAGCAGAAGAAAUAAGAGAGUUGAGGGCUGAAAAUGUAGGUAGGUAA